GUCAAACCCUGCGGUGGGAUUCCCCUGCACAUUAAACUUCAGGUCAGAAAACGGUGGGUCAUCUUCUAGAAGCCCAAUGGAAGUGGCACGACAACAAUUGCAAAAUGGCUCGACUGGUACAUGUCUCCUGUUGCGUUUCUGCGGAGUUAUUCGUGGUUACGUAUCCUGAGUGGGCUCGUAAUGCAGGAACACGAAACGCCAGUGGUUGUGCAACCAGGAAGCCACAUUUGUUCAGCGCGGGGCAAGCGCAAAACAUAAUCCCAGCCUUACCCCAGGUUUGUCAACAGCUCUGUUUGAGCCCCACCAUGACUUCGCAGCUGCAAGGCUGCCUUCCAGCUACAACCACCAGCUCUCAACCACCCAAGAGUUAGGAAUCAUCUGUUGAACGUUUUCCCGAAUUCCCAAGUAACACCACCUCCGACUGUGUUUCUGAUUUGACAGGUUGAAGCAGGAUCUCGGAGUUCUUCAGACAAUUUCCAAGAUGGAACAGGCAAAAGCUCUCAAUGCCCUCGAGCCCUUCUUGGCACUCACCAAGUCGGCCACCUCCCCGCGCGCUGCCGCCGACCUCAUCUCCCGCGCGACUUCGGCCCCGAAUACAUACAUCUUCACCGAGUUGUUACAGACUCCUCAGAUCCAAGCUCUUGCUUCGAAUCCAGAGCUUGCCCCACACCUCACACUCCUCCAGAUCUUUAGUUAUGGCACCUACGAAACAUACAAGUCCACCGCAGGUCUUCCCGAGUUGAACGAUGCCCAGAGACUGAAGCUCCGUCAGCUGUCUCUUCUGACACUCGCCAACCAAAACAACGGCCAUGGGACCGAGCCGGCCUUGAGCUACUCGUCCCUCCAAAGAGCUCUCGACCUGCCCACCCGGCAAUCUCUGGAGGAGCUUGUGAUCAGCUCCAUCUACGCCGACCUCAUCAAAGGCCAGCUCAAGCCCAAGGCUUCCCUCGUCCAGAUCAACAGCGUUGCUCCUCUCCGAGAUGUCGCCCCCACCGCCAUUGGCGGGCUCCUCUCCAGCCUCCAAGCCUGGGCUGAUCGUUGCGAUUCCACCCUGAGCUCCCUCUCGGCACAAAUGGACCAGCUCCGCGCCGACGCCGACCGCCGUGCCGCGCAAGAAGCGGCCUGGCAAGAGACAACAGAGAAUCUCCUGGAACAGGAGACUGGAAACAAGAAUGACAAGGGCAAAAAAGGUUUCUACCCCUCCUUCUCCUCAUCACCCCGAUACACAUCUGGAUAUGGUCGCGGAAACCUCGGCAACAGGCAGCAGCACAAGAAACAAAAGUCUCUCCAUGACUCUCAACAGCCACAUGGCUAUCCGGCUGCUGGAGGCGGUGGUGGCGCUGGAGGAGUUUUCAACUGGAACCCCAGGAACAACUACUACCACUCUCAAGCUGCCCCCCAGUACGCCGCCCAGGACGCUUCUACUACUGCCUACGGCAAUUACAACCCGCACAACGUCCAGACAUUUUCUUCUCAUCAUCAUCAUCCAAACAACUCUCUGAAGAGAAUGCUGACUGAUGACUCGGACGGCAGCAGCACACUUCCUUCGGCACCACAACGAGAAGAUCAAGCGGGGCCAGGGCAACCAGAUCUCGGCGGCGGAUUCCCUGCAGGAGGCGCUCGAUAUUCACCGGCCGGGGUACAGCUGAGCGGAGGAGGUUCGGGCGACGUGUCGAUGACGGAUACGGAGGAGUGGGAGAUGAUUGCUCAGGCGGUGGAGAACUCGUUGAAUGAUAUGGCGGCGAGAGAUGGGGCUGGUCAGUAGAGGACAGCUGGGUUCAUAUUGGGGUUGGGGGUGGUAGUGUUGGUUAUUGUGAGGUUGUCGAAACGGCAAGGUAGGUGGGCAUAAAUCGGCAGCCUUGUCGGGGGUAAAUUCGGGAAGCGUAGUAAUACGCAUCCUUGCAGAAGAUUUUUGAUGUUGUGGAUCUAGCAAUACUACCAAAUCAAUGUGUCUUCUGUUUUGGAGAAGGAUGGCCGCCGGGGUGUUCGGUGACGUUGAUAUGCGUGGUCUGAGUAGCUCCGUAUCAGCUUUAGAUUCCGUUGUGAAGAGAACCAGACUAGUUAAGAAGUAAGCCCUGAAAUACAAGCAAG